AAUAAUGGCCUCACUGAAUUUGCUGAGAUAUUUAUUUAUUAAGGAUAAAGAAGAUGACAAUAAGACUUGUGUAUGGACAGAACUUUACAAAAUAGAGAGCAAUUUCUUGAAGCCUUUACACACUGGACUUAAUAUGUCAAGAGCACACUAUGAAGCAGAAAUAAAAAGGAAGAAAGAAAAUAAAAAAGCAGAGCCUCACAGUUCUAAACAGCCCCUUACUCAAUUGAUAACUAAAGCGAAGAUGUCAGGAAUUACAAAGGACAUGGAGCUUCAAGCUCUUCACUCUGCACUUUUCACAUUUGAUUUAAUGGAGAGUGUUCUGGCGAGGGUGGAAGAACUCAUUGAAAACAAAGGCUGCAACUGAAGAAACCACUGGAGUCAAAUAAAAUCUUUAUUUCAGUAUUCCACUUAUCAAGUUGGACUCGCCGAAAUAUAACAUGCCAAUUUAAUGCUGGUCUUGUUGUCUCACUAUGUAGUUUCACAGUAACAUGUAACACUACCUAUUUAUAAAGGCAUACUAUGAAAUAAAGUAGCAAUAAAAAAGGAAGCAAGAAUUACAAAAGAUAUUACUUGGUACAAUCAAUUUUAUUCACAAGAUUUAUGAUUAGAUGGAUUAUUAAAAAUUGAAAACUAUUCUGCUUGAAUCCCAUGAAAAUCAGAUGCAUAGAAUUGGUGACUUUCUCCAUUGAAACACAAUGGAAGGGGUAGAAAAUAAUUGGCAAAAGUUGUUUGCUUUUUCUCGAUCCUUCCCCUUCUAGACGCAAGUUUCAGUUAGAUUGUAAUUUGUUCUAUGAAUAGUAGGGCUUCUUCCAUUAACAGAAUCCAGCUGGUUCUGGAUUUAAUCCCAUAGAAUUAAGUCUCAUACUAGUGAAUCGAUUGACAAAAGCUGCUUAUAAUUUAAUUCCUAUUUUUGUCACAGGCUUAUAUACAGAUGUGUUGGUAAAAAGAUUCCUGUUACUUAAAUUUCAAUCGGUAUGAUACAAGUCCCCAUGGUACAGUAAUACAAAAAGAAGAAAAAUAACAUUGCUAAAAUACAGAAUAAGAAUUAUCAAAAAGCAAAAAAUAGAAGUGAGUAAACAACUAUUGUGAUGUAAAACUGUAAAGUUAGAAUCAUGUCUAUCAGCUGCUCUUCUGUACUUUUGAAUAAUGUCCAUUCUCCCCUGAAAUUAAUUAGAUGAUAUUGAGAUCCUUAUAUACAAGCUUGUGGUUUAUAUCUGUCCUUCUUUUUACUAUUGAAAGGAAAAUGUAUAAGGGUAAUAUUUCUUUAUACUGGAGAUUAAACAUCUAACAACAGAGAGUUUUUUAUUUUGAACAUAUCUACUAAAGUAUAUUUUCAGACAGGUGUUGAUUUUUUUGUUGGAUAUGUUUUUUUAAGCACAAAAUAAACAUGGUCAAUUUUUUGAAUA